AUGGAUCAAGUAGGUGAUGGUCGGUGGUGGUUAGUGGUGCUUCAGGUGGCGAUGGUCGAAUGUGGUUCAUAUUGGCGAUGGAUCAAGUCGUUGAUGGUCAGUGGUGGUUCAUAUCGGCUGAAUCGAUGCAUUCUUGAUUACUUGAACAGGAGAGGGUUUGAACUAACAGCUGCUUGUUUUGAAAUAGAAGCAAGACUCUGUGACGAACCUCCAGCAAAUGAUGGUCAGAGUGGCAAUGUAACAAGAAAUCCGCAAACUCGAACACCCACAAAUCAGCAAUUGGCCUCCCAACAAACUUCCCAUCGUCCGAUACACAAUGUUCCUAUGCAACCUUUGAGCGAUGAUGAAUCAAGCCUUAGACAAUCUCAUACAAGCAGCUGUAGCUCUAGAAUGCAUCUUUCCCGGCCUCUCAAUGUGGCUCAACAGAGUGCAGUGCAGGAUGAUCAACAGAAGGGAACAUCGAGCGUACCAGAGAAGGUUUUUAGGAGGGAAAGUAGACAACAUCAAACAACGGGCCAGCUGAGAUUGAAGCCAAAAUCGAAUAAGGGUGGUGAAGUUGCUAAAGAUCAUCCUUCUCGAGAUAAAAAUGUCGCAAAAGGAGGUUUAUCGUUUAAGGAAGUCGAGACCUUCUUCACAAGCAACGACAUUGUUUUGUGCUGCCAUUUCUCUUCGGAUGGAAAGCUUUUAGCAACUGCUGGAAAUGAUAAAAUGGUCUCAGUUUGGAAUGUGGAAUCUCUGUGUCAUUUGGGUAAUACUCCACAACAAUCCAAUAUGAUCACAGAUGUUCGGUUUAUGCCACAUUCAACCGUUUUUGCAACAUCUUCUUUUGACACAACCAUUCGGCUAUGGGAUGCAGCCAAUAUUAGCAAGUUCUUGGUGGAACUUCAUGGGCAUGCGGAUCGAGUGAUAUCUGUGGAUUUCAAUCCACACGAGCGAGAGAUUGUUUGCUCGUGUGACUGUAACGGGGAGAUACGCUUGUGGAACAUCAAUGAGCGUGCAUCUAUUUCUAUAUACAAGGUGGAUGUAGGUAUGGGGCAAAUUAGGUUCCAGUUCAGGAAUCUGUUAGCUGUUGCUUCAGGGAACAUGAUCCUUAUGAUUGAUAUCGAAACCGAUAAAAAAGAACGGUUACAGGGACAUGCUAGAGACAUUCAGUCGAUUUGCUGGGACCAAAGUGGUCGUUACCUUGCGUCUGUGAGCGAAGACAGUGCCCGGGUCUGGUCGACGAAAUCGGGUUGGAAAUGUGACUACGAAUUGUAUUCAACUGAGAACAUGUUUAAAUCUUGCACAUUUCAUCCAGUCCAUUCUCUACUCUUGGUCAUUGGUGGUUUUCAGCUUCGAUGUUGGAAAUCCGUAAUUUACCGAUGGUCAAUUGGGUCUAAAGCUCGGGAUUGGACCGAGGCCGAGGCCAACAUGAAUACCGACCCUGGGAUCAUUCAUCUUUAA